CAGAAUCAAUCCAAAAGGUUUAAGAGAAAAAGAAAAGCAAACUAGAGAAGCUGACCAGGGAAGUGGCUGAAAAUUCAGAAUGUCUAAAACUAGCAUUGAGAAACGAAAAAAGUUGAAGAAUCCUCACACUGCUGGAAAAAGAAGUUUUGCUUUAGUUCGCUCUAAGUUGGAAAAAGAAAAGGAAACUUCGGAUCCUUUAUCAGCAAAGGAAGUCUUUAUUGUUACAAGGAAAAGAAAAGUUGGGCGAUCAUACAAGUCCUCGGAUGAAGAUACAACUAGUAAAAUUGAUGAAAUGGAGGAAAUUGAAGCACAACAAAAAGAAAAUGGCAAUGAGUCCGUAGAGGCAUUUGCAUCUGUCAUGGGACCAGAACAUCCGGGACAUCUGAGAUUGUAUGGACGGGGGGCUACAAGAACUUCUUUAAGAGGAAAAGUAGGAUAUUUUGAACCCUCUUCGAAUACUUCAAAUUCUAUACAAAAAUUGGAGGAGAAGAUACAAAGAAUGGAGGAAAAAAUUGAGGAACAAAAGGCAACUAUCCGUCAAGAAGUUGUUGCAGAUGUUCUUGCACGACUUCAGCGUUCAGGAAUUGAUAUUGAUGUUGACAUUAUUCUAGUAGCAUUGAGUGACAAUUCAUUAGGAGAAGCUUCAUCUGCUCAGCAAACAGCAUUGCAACCAAUCCAUCGUCCAUCUACUGCUACCAACAAAGAAGGCCAACUCAUUCCAAGUAUUAACUCAUUGAUAAUUUAAUAAUUUUUGUGAGAUCUACUGUCUUAAGUUGGUACUUCAUGUGCGCAUUCUGUUGUAUUCCUCUAGUGUACAAAAUCCUUCUCUACUCCGUCAAAAACUAUUGUAUUCCUCUCUCUCUCUCUCUAUACAGUUCAAUAGCUUAUGCCUUAACAGUUGUGCUAUGAAAUCUUGGUUCUGUUGCAUCAAACAUCAAGUAUGAUGCAGUGCCAUUUUGUAAGAGAAAUCUUUUAUGUUCAUCCAGGCCUAUUUUCCAUCAGCAA